UCAAAUAGUUAAAGAAAUACAAAAAACUAAAUUUUAAAUUUUAAAUAAUUUAAAAAAUAAAAAUAAUAAAAAUGAAAUACGUUAUUGCAUUUGUUACACUUUUUACAAUUGUUAUUGCUGCACCAUUGGAUAAUUCACAGAAUGCACAAAUUAUACGACAAGAUUUAGAUAAUAUCGGUGUAGAUGGUUAUAAAUUUGCUUAUGAAACUAGUGAUGGUGUAACACGUGAAGAACAAGGUGAAUUAAGAAAUGCUGGUACUGAUAAUGAAGCAAUUUCAGUACGUGGUUCAUAUUCAUGGGUAGCUGAUGAUGGACAAACAUAUACAGUUACAUUUUUAGCUGACGAAAAUGGUUUUCAACCAGAAGGUGCACAUUUACCAAAGGCUUAAUUUAUAAUUACAUAAAUACAUUUAAAAAAAAAAUGAGAAAAUGAGAAAAAAAGAAAAAAAAAAUUGUUAAUUAAG